GCUGCACGAAAAGCAGGAAGCAGACAGAGCCCCGUGUGCGGUUAGCUCGGAGCUAAAGCUAAAAACACUUUGUUAAAAUGUCCAAAGGCCAAACGCUGAGAGCUUUGGUGAAUGAGCGGCUGACUGCGGCUGCUGAAGAGAUCUUUGCGCUGUUUGAAAGAACGAUAGCGGAGUAUGAGGAGGAACUGUGUCGCUCCAAAGAGGAGAACCAGAGGAACCAGGACACUCCACAGACUCCACGGAUUAAAGAGGAGCCAGAGGAGCAGAGCGUCAAACAGGAGGAAGACACGCUCCCAGCACAGCUCCCAGUGGGCGUCCAAGAGUCCAAUGCUGUCCAUGUGAAGACAGAAGAGUCCUCACUGCUUCAACAUAGACAAACUGAGCACAGAGAGGAAACACAGGGAGAGGACAUCAGCACAGAGCCACAUUUACACCCAGAGACUGAGGGACACAUGGAGCACUCCUCUGACACUGACAAUGAUGAAGACUGGAGAGCUCCAUUCAGCUGUUCAGCUGCACAGAUGGAGACAGAGGCUGAUGGAGACCACUGCAACCAAGUCCAGAUCAGAGUCAGAAGCACCGCUUCUGGCUCUGAUCUGGAUGCACCAAACUCAGGCCUAUCCCCCAAAUACAAGUCUGCACCAGAGACCAGUGCCACUGUGAACUAUGGAGACAUGUCAGGAACAGCCCAAGGAGCUGACAAGAAGAAACACCAGUGCUCUGUGUGUAAGAAGAGGUUUGGAACAAAGCAGAUUUUACAAAGACACAUUAGAGUUCACACAGGAGAGAGACCAUUUAGCUGUUUAAUAUGUGAGAAAACAUUUAUUCAAAAAGCCAGUCUAGAAAACCAUGUAAAGAUGCACACCGGUGAACGACCUUACAGCUGUUUAACCUGUAAGAAAACAUUUACCCAAAAAUCCGUUCUAGAUUCCCAUGUGAAGAUACACACAGGAGAGAAACCAUUCAGCUGUUCAAUAUGUCAGAAAACUUUUACCCAUAAAAACAGUCUAGAUUACCAUGAAAAGACACACACAGGCAAUAAACCAUUUAGCUGUUCAAUCUGUGAGAAGACAUUUUGUGAUAAGAGUGCUCUUGUUCAACAUCUGAGAACACACACAGGAGAGAAACCUUACAGCUGUUCAACAUGUGAGAAAACAUUUUCUCAUAAGGCCACUUUACAUCGACAUGUAAGGAUACACACAGGUGAACGACCUUUCAGCUGUUCAACAUGUGAGAAGACAUUUGCCAUAAAGGGUACGCUAGAGCAACAUGAGAGAACACACACUGGUGAGAGACCAUACAACUGUGUUAUUUGUGAUAAAGGGUUUAAACUUAGACAGUAUUUGAAGAGACACAUGAGAACCCACAGAACAGUAAGUGACUGAAGGCUAAUUGGUUGUGUUCAUGAGAUGUUUUAAAGAGAAUUCUGUCUUGGAGUCUGCUGCUUCAUUUUGAAUGAAAAUUCUGUCAAGAUAAAAAUAGUUUUGUUUUUAUUAAAAUCAAAUAUGAGCACC